CGGUUAUUGCUUCAUUGACUGAUAUCAAAAGAAAAAACGUAAAAUUGCCUUUACGCGAAGAACAAGCAGUAGUAUUGCCUUUACUUCAUCAAGAAAUCUCUUUAUGGCGAGUAUUGAUAUACAUGUAGCACAUAGAAAUGUAAGAAAUUAAUAUUAUUUAACAAAAGUUAUUACUAUAUUACUUUGACAGACAAAAAAUCAACAAUGACAAAAGCAUAUGCAGUGGUAACGUUUACCCAAGACGGUGAUGUUGAAGAUGAAAUCGUGUCUGAGGUACCGAGUUCAUGGCUUCGAUCAAAUGCAACACAAUGCUGGUGGCCAUCGGUCAAAAAUAUAAAUUCAUUCAUAUUAAAACAAACUUUGCCUGAUAAAGAUGACUCAAAGUGGGCUCUAUAUCCUGUCGAAUUUCAUGGAUAUUAUGAUAUGUUAGAACAGGCUAGAGCGAAGUCUACAAAUUAUUCAUCAUGUGAUGACGGCAAUAUUCUACACCAAACAAAGAGAAAUGUGCGAAUAUCCAGCAAAUCCCAACGGGAAAAAACUCCGGCUAAUUCUGAUUCCGAAUCUGAUCCUGAGUCGAGAUUUACUUUGCCAAAUCCACCGACUCUUACAAUGACUAAGAUGCCUGUUACUAAACCCGCAAGUACUCCCAAGCCAGUUCAAUCCAUUGAAGAAGUCGUUGAUCUGCAGGUCAUUGAAGGAUCAAUAGUAUCCCACAAAAGCGUACAGGAUUUACAUACGCUAAUGACAUCAAUGUCAACUAGCAUGGAAGAUCAUUUUAAUAGAAUAUACGAAGUGUUAACUUCUCUGUCACAAACAGUUAAAGAGUUAAAAACUGGGUUACUAGCUGUAGAAAUAAAAAUUAAUAAGACUCGAGAUCCCCCUGCAUUGGACGUGACAAAUAUGGAGCGUUCUUUCCCACUUCAAACAAUUGAUGAUGUCAAGGCUUUUGAAAAGAAUUUAACAGAAAAUGUGGAAGAAUACAACAAAUUUGUAAAUUAUUGUAAGCAAUUAAGAGGCCGUUAGACGAAUUAAGGAUAUACGAAGACAUGAGACAAGAGGAGCGUGUGGUGUAGUAGCCUUAGUGUUAUGCCGAGAGAACGAAGGAUCCCGGUUGGCUCCGUUUAUUUUUCCGUCGCUUACAUUACAUUAUACCAUAUGUAUGAAUUUAGUAUAUAUGUAUAAUAUGUAUAUACAUACACUUUCAUAUUACUUAAUUUUUCACGAACUUUCAUGCUGCAAUCUUAUCAUCCUCGAAUUUUGGGACAUCCUAAUAAGGUAAAUAAAGAAAAACAUCAUAUAAUGUAAGCGACGGAAAAAUUAAUGGAGCCAACCGGGAUCCUUCGUUCUCUCGGCAUAGCGCUAAGGCUACUACAUAUAUAUAUGAUAUAUAUAUAUAUACAGG